AUGGGCACUGCCGCCAGUUGUUCCACGGCCGCAUGUGCCCAGUUUUCCACAGGCACCGCUGACACCUCCAACACUGCAGACGACGCAGGCUAUUCGACAUGUAAACCCGAAGGAUUUCACGCAUCGGCCUACGGAGGCGAUAUAGUACCCAGCGCCCUUCAUUCGGCAGCAAAGAGCCCAGUCCUGGCCGAUUAUGAGCACAGCGCCCCUUGCUCUGAGCGACAAUCCCAGCACCAUCCUCAACCCUCCGGUCGACGAGAUGCCGACAAGAAGCGUCUCCCCAAGUCCCGCACGUUGACUGUCCUGUCCAACCUUACGGCCUCUCUUUCGAGGUCGUCGCUGGCCAGCUUCGCCGGAAGCGAGCGCAAAGCAUCCCAGCAUACCGUGUCGUCUCGCAAGACCAGCAGCUCUUCAACCUUUGCCUCCAAUGCGCCGACCAGAACUGCGACGCCAACGAGUCCCGAAGUCAAUCCGCUCAUCAUCACCACGGCUCAGCCCUCGGCGUACUGGUCGGGCCGUUUCUUAUCCUUGCAAGACCGCUUCCAAGGCGAAUCACUGCAGGAGAAGACGCUGUCCAUCUUUGUGGCCGCGCACGCAUCCAAGUCCACCAUUCUGGACCAGCAGCGAGAAGUCUACCAGCGUCGCGGCAACCUUCCCCUGAGCACGACCACCGCCCUCGACCGUUACGGCACCAACGCCGCCGUCCAGGAAGCUGAGCGUCUCUCGGACGAAGACAACCGGUGUCUGCGCAUCUUUCUACACCUCGACGCCCUUUGCGGCACCCCCGAAGCUCAGAAGAGCCUGCAUGUCUGGCAGGAGGCAUACGCGCGCCGUGCGGGACGCGAUGUUCUCUUGCCGCAAGGUGCAAGCGUGGAGAAGGGCUUCGUCGCACGUCUCUUUAGCGGGAGAAGCAGACGGAGUUUAGGAAGCUCUCGAUCGGGCAAGGAGACGAUGAAGGGCAAGCAGCUAUUGACUGCUUUCUAA